UAGAAAGUCUACAAAAAGUUAUCAUCCCAAAAAUAUUUAUAAUCUGAGCUCUUAAAUAAAGUGGUGCUAAGUAACUAGCUAUCUGUAAUUUGUUUUAAAAUAAUUCGUAGUUUACAGAAAGGCUACACGAUGGUUCUGAAGUCGGAAGACGGAGUGGUGCCUCAUGAUCUGAGUCCCAAGGAGAAACAGGAGUUGGAGAGCAUACGCCACAGGAAACAAGAACUACUGCAGAACAUACAGAGGCUGAAGGAUGAGAUAGAAGAGGUGACGAAUGAAAUUGACAACCUGGGCAUUACCAAAGAGAGAAAAAGCAUGCAGAGAAACAAGCAGGUGUCCAUGGGCCGAAAGAAGUUCAACAUGGACCCCAAGAAGGGGAUCCGGUUUUUGAUUGACAGCGGUCUGCUGAAGAACACCAGCAAUGACAUCGCCCAGUUUCUCUAUAAAGGGGAGGGGCUUAACAAGACCGCCAUCGGAGACUAUCUGGGGGAGAGAAAUGACUUCAAUCUUGAGGUUCUACAUGCCUUCGUGGAGCUGCAUGAAUUCACAGACCUCAACCUGGUCCAGGCCCUCAGGCAGUUCCUUUGGAGUUUCCGGUUGCCAGGCGAAGCUCAGAAGAUCGACAGGAUGAUGGAGGCAUUUGCCCAGAGAUACUGUCACUGUAACCCUGGGGUCUUCCAGCAUAGCGAUACGUGUUAUGUGUUGUCGUUUGCUGUGAUCAUGCUGAACACCAGUCUCCAUAACCCCAAUGUGAAGGACAAACCCUCCCACCAGAGAUUCAGCGCCAUGAACAGAGGAAUCAACGAUGGAGGUGACCUGCCUGAGGACCUACUCAGGAACCUCUAUGAGGGUAUAAAGAACGAGCCCUUUAAAAUUCCAGAGGAUGAUGGGAAUGACCUCACACACACUUUCUUCAACCCUGACCGGGAGGGCUGGCUACUCAAACGAGGAGGAGGGCGUGUGAAGACAUGGAAGAGACGAUGGUUCAUCCUCACAGACAACUGCCUGUACUACUUUGAGUACACUACUGAUAAGGAGCCUAGGGGUAUCAUCCCUCUGGAGAAUCUGAGUAUUAGAGAGGUGGACGACUCCAAGAAACCAAACUGUUUUGAGCUGUUCAUCCCUGACCACAGGGAUCAGGUGAUCAAGGCAUGUAAGACCGAGGCGGACGGACGUGUUGUCGAGGGCAACCACACCUUCUAUCGAAUCUCCGCCCCCACAUCAGAGGAAAAGGAGGAGUGGAUCACCAGCAUAAAAAAUGCCAUCAGCAGGGACCCCUUCUACGAGAUGCUGGCAGCCCGGAAGAAGAAGGUGUCUGCCCUGACAAGUCUGUAGAAAAGACCCAGGCUCCAGCACUUCAGCAGGAGGAGCAGGCCUCACUCUAUUCUAUAGCCCAGUGUUUGUGCCCAUGGACCUGAACUAAAGGACCUAUGGAACUGUAUACACAAGAAAGCAGAAGAUCCCCAAAGCCUGUUAGAAGUCUAGGUGGACGCUGUCAUCAUAUUGAUCUUGUUUUCAUCAGAUUCAUAAACACUGGAGGGGAAGGAUUAUGAAGAGGCACAGGGUUGGGACAGGAAUGCAGAGAGGAUUAAUUUCCUUUUUCAGCACCCUCUACAGGAAGUUACAAAAUGCAAUAUUAUGCUUUGAUAAUUAACAGAGAAAGGCAACAUGAACCUAUUUUUACACAAACCUCUUUUUCUGAGGGUUCUUGUCAUAGUGCUGUUGUAACUACAGAACAUUUAUUUCUGAAUGGUUCUCAUAACAAACCACCACUGUUUAUCCUCUCUCUCUCCAUCUCUCUGUAUGUCUCUGUGUGUUUCUCUCGCUGUCUCUCUCUCUCCGUCUCUCUGAAUGUCUCUGUGUGUGUUUCUCUCGCUGUCUCUCUCUCUCCGUCUCUCUGUAUGUCUCUGUGUGUGUUUCUCUCUCUGUCUCUCUCUGUUUCUCUCUUUCUUUGGUUCCAUGUUUGUUUAAAUGUGUCCAGGUAAUUGAUGGGAAUUGCCAGGGACUGACCUCACGGUGCAAUAUCACGCUACUUCGGUGCCGAUGCGAUUCUCACGAUUCUAUAUGUAUUGAGAUUCGAUACUGCAAUUCGAUAUUCCAAACAUAUUUCUCAGGAUAUGCAGCAGAGGGACAAGAAAGCCAUGAGAUAACGAGUUUUGAUCAGUCAUGGAAAUGAAAGUUCUGAAAACAAAUUGGCUCCCCAUUUCAAAAUAAGAUGGAGAACGAGCUAUAAAGGAGUUUUGGUGCAGGUUAAGCCAACUAGCGCAACAGUAAUAUUGCCAUAUUGUCAAAACGAUAUGAUACAUCAUGAAAAAUAAUAUCCCGAUAUGUAACCGUACCGAUUUUAUUGCCGCAUCACUAGUAAUUGGGCUGUCAGUGAGCCAGGGUUUGAGAUAUGGGAGCUGAGUAAUUGGGCUGUCAGUGAGCCAGGGUUUGAGAUAUGGGAGCUGAGUAAUUGGGCUAUCAGUGAGCCAGGGUUUGAGAUAUGGGAGCUGAGUAAUUGGGCUGUCAGUGAGCCAGGGUUUGAAAUAUGGGAGCUGAGUAAUUGGGCUAUCAGUGAGCCAGGGUUUGAGAUAUGGGAGCUGAGUAAUUGGGCUGUCAGUGAGCCAGGGUUUGAGAUAUGGGAGCUGAGUAAUUGGGCUGUCAGUGAGCCAUGGUUUGAGAUAUGGGAGCUGAGUUGGGAAGUUGCAAAAAACUGUCUCUGCCCAAAGCCUUUCUCUGCCAUCACUGUAUUAGUUCUGAUCUUCAUUUAGUUUUUUUGUGUUGAUACCUCUGUUACUGCAACUGCACAGUCACGUGGAAGGAGGAGGAGUGGAGAAAGAAAUGAGGGUGAGAGGUAGACAAAGGAUCAAAACAUAUCACUUUGUUUCGGGUUGAACUAUUCAGUCUUUUAUUCUGAUAUUGUGACAAUUAAAAGUACUUUUGUAGAAGCAGCAAUAUGUUUGCAGAGAAUGGAUUUGUUGAAUAAAUAAAAGACCUAAGGUCUAAGACCUUAUUAUAGUGUUAUACAGUUGUGUGCUGUCUGUUACAAAUGUGUUAUAAGAGAUGCAUUUCUGUCAUAUCAAUGUGCUCUUUAGAGGGCUGUGAUUUUAGUUUUUAUAAUGGCAAAUAAAUUAAUCGACAAUGGUUUUGUUCUCAAAGUACUGAUUAUGAAAUGCAAGUCAAGCUUGAAUUAUAAGUUUAUUUACCUAUAAUGCACAUCAUUUAUUGUUUGUUUUGUAUCAUAAAGGUUUGUGCUGUUUAUACCCGUAUGCCAUCAUGUGUUUGUUCAUUUGAUUUCAGAUUACCAAAAAUAAAUCUCCAAUGCUAGUCUCA